CACCUACCCAAUUUGUUCCGGGCCGAGCUGUUGGGACGUCAUCCUUCAAAUUAAUCAGAGGGAAGCUGCCGUUUGAGGAAUCAUUUCUCCCAAUGCAUCGAGCACUACAAAUCCCGGAAAUCUUGGCCAUGGUCUUUCAGCCCUUCAGCAUGAUCCAGGAGGGGUUCGGGAAGCGGGAGGAGGAUUGGAAGCUAUGCCAAACAACACUGAACAGUGCUGCUCGUGUCUGUCGCAUAUUCUCUGAUCCUGCCCUCAAUGCAUUAUGGGCACGGAUAUACAGCCAGGACAAUCUUUUCGAUCUCAUAUCCACACUUAAGAAGACAGACGAGGGGCAAUAUUACCUGGAUGGUUGCGUGACCGAUCAUGAUUGGCAGAGAUUCAAACUCUACGCCCAACGCAUUCGCUGCAUUCGUGCCGACUUCGACGGCAUACCGCCUAUUGUCCUUCAAGAUCUGACACAUCGAGGCGGCGGCGAGCCCCUUCUACCGCGAUUGGAGGAGCUUCGCUGGUAUACGCAUAGGCUCGGUGAAAUCGAUAUAACGGCCAUCUUCGGUGAACACCUGCGCGAACUGCACCUCAGCGCGUAUUUCAGCCAUCAACCCGUGGACGAACACGGCGGAAACCCUCAUGCCCUCUACGGGACCUUCCCCCAGUAUGGUUCCCGCGCACAUAAUCUGGUGGACAUCUAUCUCGAACAGGUCCCCUCUGUGUUUGUAUCUGCACUACUGCCGUGCUGCGCAGCACUACGGCGCCUUGUUGUUAAUGUUCCCAAAGGCGUAUUCCAUGAUCGCGACUUGGAUGCCCUGUCAAGCCUCGAGCACCUCGAAUAUCUUUCCCUGCUAGUUUGUGAGGUCGUUCCUACACGGACUUCUCGUAGAAUCCUCCCCGCGCUCACCGAACUCGAACUCGGUCACCGCCCUGCUACCCUCAUUCCUCUCAUCAUGUCUAUCAACACACCUGCACUACAGGACCUCCAGCUUUUCAUUAGUAUCCAUGAUCGUCGCGAUCGCGUUGCAGACUUCACACGUUGCUUGGAAGCCUUGUCGACAGUCGACGCGCCAUUCCUAUCCUCGCUCAAUCUGAACCUUGUUGCUCGUCCUUCCGUUCGAAGGAACUUAUCGGUUGCGUUUUGUCAAGACAUAUUACGCCCCUUGUUCGAUCUACGGACUCUUGAGCACAUUGAACUCCACGUCGACGACCGCUUUCGCAUGAACCACCUCACACGGGAAGAUGUCCAUCGCAUGGCAGUGGCAUGGCCUCACCUUCAAACAUUGAGUCUUGAACUCGACUUCCGAGAGACACGCUAUGAUGUCAUGCCCCUGGAUGCCAUUGCACACCUUGCGCAGAAUUGUCCUGACUUGCGACUAUUGGAAUUGCCCUCAGCUGAGGUGUCCCCGGACGUGUGGAGGAUGCAGUUUCCAGCACCCGCACACGGGCUAGAGAUUCUCAACGUCGCUAUACUGGAUGGCGACGACGUCCCGUUGCCAAUUGCGUCUUAUCUAGACCGCAUGUUCCCGGAUUUGGACCUCGAACUCUGCAGCUUUGGUAGUGAGGACGACCCGGUGGUCGAACUCCCUCGGGUACUGCACGCGUUACAGCAGGCCAGAGCACAAGAACAUGUUCUCCAGCACGGAUCUAUCGGCCAUGCUGACUGAACAAUCCUCCGCGUGCAUCUUAAUUCCUUGUCCUCAGCGCCGACACUGGCUUAUCAUUUUUUCAGUCGAUGGGAUUAGAGGAGCGGUAAGGGUUGUUGAUGGCUCAGACGUCAUAUCACAGAUGUUGUACAAUUAGUGCCUUCGAGCAACUUGGAAGUGUUUCUUCUCGGAUCCUAUAUGCUGAUGCUCCGGCGCAUAACGUGUUGCACUUGCUGCUAUAUGAUGCAGUAGGACUGGAGACAUGCUGUAUGCAAUAAUGUAAUUGUAGUCAUGGAGUCA